AAAUGUCACUUGAUGUUUUUUGUUUGAUAAAGUGCACUGCAUGUUAUAGUCUAAAAAAAUAUAAAUAAAUAAAUAAAAUGUUGUUGAAGAGGAUUUAAUACAUUCCAAACACCGGUCGCCUGACAUAUUCAUUACUGGAUUUACUGUACCAAAGAAUUCUUUAAGAUGGAGACUGAACUGCUGGAUAGGGACAUGCUAAAGAUGGAUUCUAUCUUAAUUGAUGAAAAGCAGCUACUAUCAAGCACCAUUUCGCUGGCAUCCAGCUUGACCUCUCCUGUCGAUUCAGGAGUACAGUUGCUUGAUAGCGAGAGUGAUUUAACAUCAGUGAUGUCAGCCAGUGGUUGUGAGCUGCUUGAGAAGGAUCCAGAAACCCAGCUGAAUGAAAUGUUCGAAGACUUGGUGUCAAAGGAAAAAGGUGUUGAAGAUGUAGUGAUGACUAAGAGUGAUAUAGUAAAUCAGAAUUUUAAAGGUGAUGAGUCUAAAGAAGAUGUCAUGAAUAUUUCAUUAAAUAGUUAUGAAUUAUUAGAUUACACAGUUGCAAACAUGAAGAGCCAGAUAAAAAAUAUUGAAGCUGAAGACCAGAUGCAUGUUAGUUUGUCCGAGGAAGUUAAUGAAUCUCUUCAAGUUCCAAACAAUUCCAAAGAAAUUGCUCCAAUUGAGCCUGAUGUUAAUGAGAUCAAACCAGUUGCUGAUGCUGUACAGGAUGAGCAAAUAGUGUUUCGCAGGCAAAGGAAAAAGAAGUCCAAAUCAGAUACACCAAAAAAACGUGUGUCUUUUCAUGAAGAUAUUUUGAACAGCACCAAGAUUGAUGACAUCCAUAUUAAUUAUGGAUUUAUUACUAUAGAACCUGAUGUUUCUGCAAAUUUCUUUUUGAGAGGGUUUUCUAAAAAACCGGACGUGGUUAAAGGACGUUACAGCUGGGCUGCUGAAGGAGAUGCGCCUUAUUACGACAAGCAAAAAUCAGACCGAGAAGUGAAAUCCGACAUUUACGUGCAACGGUAUUCCUCGGUAUCUUCAAGUUCUAGUGGUAGCAUUUCUAGUUCAAUAGACGAAGAGGACAAGGAGGAUGAUGAUGAUCAUGUUCCUAAAGAACCAUCAUUGAAGAUGCCGAAAUCCAGUUGUUUAAAGAAAACUAAACACAGAAAGAUCUUGGAUACUAAUAUCGUUGAAGAAGAAUCUGCCAGGCGUCGUAAGAAACCUGAUACCAAUUUACUGGAUAACAAUAUAUUUGGUAGUCUCAAAAGUAUUUUCUCAACUUCUGUGCCUCUGGCCGAGCGAGGUGUACCGGAAGGGCAAGAAGACGUUGCUAUUUAUUCCUCUUCUCACGAUAUAUCAAAUACUGCUAAACAGUUGGAAACUGCUAAAAAUAAUUUGCGUCUGUCGAUCAGCGAAGGUUUCCAACCAAACUAUCCAAAAGUGGAGCAAGUUCCAGCUAAUAUCGUUCUAUGCGAUAGCAAUGUUUACGAGCAUAAAGGAAUAAGCUACUCAUACGAGUACGAUGCAUUCCAAAAGUCAUUCACAAGCCAAAAACCGAAGAGUUCAACAGUCUAUCAAAUGAUACUCAAAGAAUUUAAUUUCUUCAAGAAGAAGGCUAAACAAGCUGAACCUGAGAAACCAGAUCCAGAGGAUGAAUUUGAAUUCUUAAAUGCGUCUACUCCAAUUAAGGAAGUAAAGGAGGUGGCACCAACCGUCAACAGAUACGCAUCCUCUACCAAACUCGAUUGGUCCGACAAUGAAACAGUCUGCUCAGAUUUUCCCGAUUCUUCUCGUCAUUUGAACUCACCAAAGAGGCGCAUCAAUAAAGCAAAUCACUACGCCGUGCAAAAUUUUCGAUCGGAUUCCGCUCAAAGUCAGGACACUUCAAAGUCUUUACCGAACAACGUAAUGCGAGCAUCUUCUUCAAAAAACUCACUUAUAAACCGUUUUUUACGCAACGUCACUAUGAAGAAGAUUUUGGAUACGAGAUUGCAGAAGAAGCUCAGGGCUUCUAGAUACAUUGAUUUGUAUGUGAAAGGAGCUGUGGCAGAUGGAAAUUCGAGUUUAGAUUUGGAUAAGCAAAUCGAGCAGGAAAUAUUGGGAUACAGAAAGAAUAGGGAAAAUAAUGGAGUUGAAUUUGAACAAAUCGCUAAAUUCAGGAAGGAGAUAUUUAGGGACGAUCGAGAAGUUUUAAUUAAGGUAUUUCCGGUUUGGAGUGCUUAUACUACAAGUGGAGAGCACAAACCUUUGAUUGUGAUUCUAACAAAUGCCACUCUGUACAUUUCGGGAUUUAAAAAAUCUUACACAUUUUGCAAUCACUUUGUCUUACCGUUCACUGAAUUAAAUACUAUUUUAAUCGGUCCUAAUGCACAAACGAUUCAUAUUUCUAAUUACGACAAUGAUAUGCAAUGUGUGGUCACAACUGGAUGUGGAAGAAUAACUAAUGAUAUUAUAGUUAAUUUGGAGAUGGCAAUAAGGCGUGAUAUGAACUGUCCAAAUUUACCCGCUGUAAAGCAGCUUAAUAUGAGAGAUAUGGUGAACCUAAGGAAAGCUAUUUGCAAGCAAACUCCCGUGCAGAAGGACGAGGAAUACUUCUAUUACAGCAUCAUUAAUAUACAGGAAUGCAAUUCUGAUAAUCCGGAAACUCCGCUUGGGCCGAACAAAGAGGGUCCUUUGAUGUUUAAAAUCUCGGAGACGGAAUCGCGUUGGGAAACUGCAUAUUUUAUACUUAAGGCUGGAGUUUUGUAUAUGCUAUCGUCUCCUUCGCAUCGAGUUCCAAUGCGAGUGCUUCCGUUAAUUAAUGGUGCUUGUCAAGGCGCUAGGAGGGUACACAACUUUCCAAGACCUCACACUUUUCAGCUCAUCGUUUCCGGGAAUACUCUUCAUUUGGCUGCUCCCGAUGAGUUCGUAGCUAGCGAAUGGCUACAAGCUUUAGUACAUGCAGCUAGCGGGGUUUACACACAUAAAGAGAAAUUGUUGACACAAGCGAACACGUUGUUGAUGACAAACGAGCACAUAUUAACUGUCAGAGAGGCUUUCCCGUGCAGCAUAAUCGAUUCUAAAAGCACCCAUGAUCCAAUUAAGGGAGCGCAAGCGAUUUCUUGUGCAGCCAUUUCUGACAUCGUUUCGUUCAGGCUGCCUUCAGCCGAGCAAAGUUGGUGCAUACUGGAAUUCGCUUGCAGAGAAGUGAAUGAAAGUGGUGGCGAUUGGAUUAUUUAUUUUGCUACUAAUUCAGAGUUGGAGAACUUUAUAUCAACUUUAGAAAUGCUAUGGAAUUAUCAUAACGAGGGUGAAUGUUUUCCAUUGAGUACGCUUCCGGAGACGGACCAAUUGAAUAAGAAAUGCGGAGAAACAUAUAACGUUCUGCAGAAUUCCUGGCCGAUCAACAUGUAAUUAAAGAUAUAGGCGAAUAGGUAACGUAGACGUGAAUAAUAAGUCAAACAAUAAUUGAAACUGUCCUGGUAGAGUAACCGUUCUUGCAAGUUCAUGUUAAUUUAGUUUUAAUUUUUAUAAUAAUUAUUAUACAAAGCAAUUACUUUGUAGGUAAAUGUGAUUUUUCUUUAAUUGUCAACGGCGGUGCACAUAGUUUUUAUUUAUUUUUUAUUGAAAUUAUUUAUUGAAAAAAAAAUCAGACAUGUCGAGAAUUGCGGGUAUAAUUUCCGAAUGGUUUCGUAUUCAAUUUCUAGUCAUUUAAUACUGUGUAAACUCAAAGAUUGUGAUAGAAUUAGAACCUUUUUGGUGUGGAGGUAUGAUAUACAUUAUACAUAUUAUUAAUCGAUAUUUAGAUAGAUCUGCUUCAUAUGAUAAUGUGCACAUUGUAGAGAUGCACUAAUAUUAAAUUGCGUGGACAAAAAAAAAUAUAUUCGAUAUUAUAUUAACUAAGAAAUCUGACUAAUGAAUAUAAUCUACUAAUUUAUUAUAAUUUUUAUUUUAAUAAUUCAGUUAGAAUAUUUUUCUUGCGCGCAAAUCACUUUGAUAUUAAUUCUAAAGAUGUAACAAUAAUGAGUCAUAUUUCAUUGAGUGCUAAGUAUUACGUGUAUUUUAUUUAUCAAUUAUCGAAAAUUGGAAUUAUUAUUCUACUAUAAAAUACUCAGUUUAUUGUAUAUUUAAAUUCUUAUAUUGGAAAUCUAACUGAAUUAUCAUAAGGGAAAAAAUGAAACAUCAGACUUGAAAAAAAACAUUUUAAGUGUCUUAAUAAUGAGUAAGUGAGGAUUAUAAGUAAGGGAAUAUUUGUUUACGUUUUAAAAUUUUGGAUCUUAUCUACAAACUUUAAAUAUCUUACACGCAACGCAAAUGCUGUCGUCUUCGUUUUAAAUCCAAAAUUUUAAAAUACAUUUUGUACUCUAUUUAUGAUAUUCUUAGACACUCGGAUUGGAUAAUAUAUAUAAUUAUUUAUGUAACCCAUUAUAAAAGA